AUGGAAUCUGAUAACUUGUUAAUGCUUGCUGAUAUAGCUAAAUUGGAUAAUGAAGAAAGGCCAUUCAGUUGGGAUCAGAACAGGGAAAAAGAAAAGGAAGCAUUAUUGGAAUCACAUGAAGACGGUUUUGAUCAUUGUUACCUUCCUUCAAGUGAUUUUGAUCGUCUCGUUAACCCUACACAUGACUACUAUCGCCGAAUAGGACAAGGGGAGUUGGAUGAUCAAGAACAUUCAUACGCUAUCCAGGUCCCAUCUGAACUUCUUGGUGGAGAAGACCGUCUGUUAGGAUUCGACAAUGGUGACACGAUACAAGAACCCUCGACGUCUUAUGUGGAUGGCAUAAUCUUAUGUCCGCACAAAUGUCAAUGGGCCUCUUGCGAAGUCGUGUUCGCAAGUUUGGAAGAAUUACAGGCGCACGCAGAAAGACACGUCGAACUAAACAAAAGAAGUUGUGAAUGGCGUGAUUGCAAGAAGAAGAAUAAUCGCUAUGCGCACAGGUACUUACUACUACGACAUCUACGAUCACACACAGGCUCAACGCCGUUUAGCUGUGAGCAUUGUGGCAGCCAGUUUGCCACUAGUGAAAGAAUGCGACUACAUAUUCGUGCAAUACAUAUUCCAGAAGUUAAAUACAGAUGCGAGCUAUGUGACAGGUUUUUCAAAACGACAUCGGAACGACGUCAUCACAUGACUCGAACACAUAUGAUGGAACGAAUUCGAUGUCGACAUUGCGGUGGAUUAUAUGCGGGUUCAACGGUGCUGAAUCGACACUUGAAAUCUCUAAACGUAUACACUAGAAGUUCCGUGGGAUAUGGAGUGAUUGGCUCUUUGCUCUGUAAAUUUCACCGGUACUUGGAAACCAUUCAACAGUACCAAGUGGAAGGUACUGUCCCCUUGUAUAGCCCUGUGCAAACGGGAGUACCAGAGAUGUUCAACAGUGGAGAGUAUGCGGUUCCAGACCUUGGAAAUGAAAAUAUGAUCACAAUCAGUUAUCAGGAAAAGCCGGUUGUCUUCCUAAUGGUACCAGUUGGUGAAACAUGCAGCGUAGAUGUCACUAAUCAGGAAAAUCUAUCCCCAUCAGACACUCUACUCUCCUACGCAUCUGACGUUGUAAAUUCGAAUGACGUUGUUUAUGUGAAUCCACGACAAUAUGAGAGAAUACUGAAGCGUAGGGAUACUCGAAAGAAGAUGAUGUCUGAAGGUCGAUUAUCUAAAACUCGAAAGAAAUACCUUCAUGAAUCGCGGCAUAUCCAUGCUACGAAGAGAAAACGCGGAGAGCAGGGUCGAUUUCUACCAUCCACAGCCUUAAUACGUGGCUCUGUGCAAUUAUCUGAAAGGAAUAUCAAUGUUGCUUCACCACAGGCUAUCUCAUUAAGAUCUACAGAUUUCAUUUCAUUAGCUUUGUGCUGUUUUUGGCAGUCUAAAAUGAAUUCCAGUGAUGCUGCCGAAAUCCACUCUGCUAUAUAUAGUGCGAUUGAGAAUGUGACUGAGUGGAUACUCGAUGCCGACAGCACCACAGAAUUCUCCAACAGCACAUCCUGCAAUUGUGCACUGUCUCAUGACCCCACAUCUGCACUGAAGUUUUUCUUCGUUUGCGUCGCUAUUUUUGCCUUGCUUGUCAUUCUUUACUAUCAGAGAGACCUGCUAUUUUAUCUGUCACGUAGUUCGAGCUUGUUAAAAAACCAGACCCAAGAAGUCACGAGAAAGACGUCUUUGAUGUGUGAGGUGUGGACAUAA